UCUUUACCUGCUUGUGACAGGUGAUUGUCGCAGGUGGGAGGGGGUCGUGAGCUAGUGUCAGAAAAAAGGAAAAUAAACAACUACGUCAUGUCCGGUGUGUGAAUGUACUGUGAACUUACUCGAUGCAUUUAUUGAGCCAAUUUAAAUGAAAGUGACUGCUAGUAGUGGGUUUGAGACGAGUUCUUGAAUAAUUUUGAAGUGAAGAAUGUUAGAAGCACCAGUAAAGACGCAGUCUAGUGAAUUGCUUGGGAUUGUUUCCAAUGGCACAUUGCUGCACUGAGGACACAUUAUCUACGUAGAUCAGCUAAGAUAUCAUUCAAAAUGGACAAGCAUGAUGUUCGUUUUGCACCUUUUUCAUCAGAUGAGUACUGCCCGGACGACAGCGACGAGGACGUGAUCACUGACUACACGAUGGCGGUGCGGGGCGGCCUCGGCCUGGCCGGCGCGCUGGCUGCCGCCGCGCCCACCGCUCACCCGCAGCCAGGCCUCGCGGCGGCCCCGGGUCUCGGACACGGCCUGCCUGGCCUGCCUCCGGGCCUGCCGCCGGGCCUCCCCCACGGCCUCGUGCCCAUCAUCAGCGUCACCCCGCACUCGCCCGGGAUCGGCAUGGGCCUCCACGGCAAGCACUACCCAGUUCUAGAGGAUAAUCUUCAGCAUCUCCACGAAAUUCAUGAAUCAAUACAACAAAUGCGGGAGUUAAGUGUCCAUGCCUUCAACUCACAACUGAUGCGGUCCAGUCAAUACUCCAGACUGAGCUCUUCGUGCCCAUCACUAGCUAUAGACCCUGGCUCAGAUCCUGAUCUUUUAUCAUCAGUUAACUCAUCUCCCAUUCAAGCUUCAAAUAUUGGUUUCAUUAGUUCUCACAUGUCAGCUGCUUUCAAUGAUAUUUUGCAUAGAAAAGGUAAAGAGUUUGUGUAAUUCACUGCUU